UGCUCAGCCACUAGGCAGUGAAAAGGCUUCAAGUUAAUGCUCUUUGUUUAUGGAGUAUCUUGGAUCUGCUCCUGGAAGGUGCUGAGCAUCGUUGCUCCAUACAGAGGACAGUUUGUGGCCACCAGACUUCUUGAAGCGCUGUGCGACCUCUUGCCUGGGUGGAAGAGGAGGUCUUUCCAGAUCUUUUAAACUCUCGUCACCAACCAUAAAGGCAGCUGCAAAACAAGAGCACAAAGAGGCAUCCCCUGUCAGGAUCUCCGCAGCUCCUGGCCGUUACAACGGCGGAGGCUGCAUGCGGCCAGGGCUUUGCUGGAAAACUGCCACACGGAGUUGUCCUCCUCCAACCGUCUCACCUCACCAGCUGGAGAGGUGACUGAGGCGUGAUUGCCUGCUUCCACCAAAGAUCAUUUGCAGGAGCGCAGGUAAAAAGAGGAAGAUACCAUCACCCCAGCACACAUCCUCUCUAUAAGCAGCCAUUUUGUGAUUCUGUUCUUUGUGCAAUAUUAAAAGAGAGCAUCUGUCUCAGCCUUGCAUUAUUCUUUAUGGCCAGGAUGUCCUCCUCAUCCUCUUCCGUGUUGGAGAUGGAGAUCUUCAAGUACAUUGAUGUACAUCAAAGUGAUUUCAUCGAGGAUCUUAAGGAAUGGGUGGCUGUGGAAAGUGAUUCUGUUCAACCAGCCCUGAGGAAAGAAGUCACGCGAAUGAUGGCACUGGCAGCAGACAGACUUUCAGUGCUGGGAGCCACUGUUAAUUUAGUAAACCUGGGGUCACAUCAGUUGCCUGAUGGCGAGGACCUCCCACUGCCUCCUGUGAUUCUCGGGGAACUGGGAAAGGAUACACAAAAAGCCACUGUAUGUUUCUAUGGUCAUGUAGAUGUGCAGCCUGCCAAAAAGGAAGAUGGCUGGAAAACUGACCCUUACACGCUGACAGAAAUCAAUGGAAAUCUUUAUGGGCGUGGAGCAACAGAUAAUAAAGGACCUGUCUUAGCUUGGAUAAAUGCAGUGGAAACAUUUAGAGCCUUGAAAUUAGCUAUGCCAGUAAACUUCAAGUUUGUAAUUGAAGGGAUGGAAGAAGCAGGGUCCUUGGGGCUAGAAAAAUUACUUCAAGAAGAAAAAGAGCACUUUUUCUCUGAUGUUGAUUAUAUUGUGAUUUCGGACAACCUCUGGCUCAGCAACAAGAAGCCUGCCCUUACCUAUGGGAGCCGGGGAAAUGCCUGCUUCUGUGUGGAGGUUGAAUGUGGCAGCAAGGACCUUCACUCUGGAACUUUUGGAGGCAUCAUUCAUGAGCCGCUGACGGACCUUAUAGCUCUGCUGGACAGCCUUGUGGAUCCCACAGGUCGGAUUCAGAUCCCUGGAAUUUAUGACAGUGUCGCUGCCCUGACAGAGGAGGAGAGGAAGUUGUAUGAAUCGAUUGAAUUUGAUCUAGAAGAACAUAAAAAUAAUGGUGGUGUGAAAAAAUUCCUCUAUGGCACCAAGGAAGAAAUACUUCUACACCUGUGGCGUUACCCUUCUCUCUCUAUUCAUGGAAUUGAAGGAGCUUUUCAUGAACCGGGAAUUAAGACCGUCAUUCCAGCAAAAGUCAUUGGCAAAUUCUCAAUCCGCCAGGUCCCCCACAUGGACCUUUCAGUUGUGAAACAACAGGUGGUGGAGCAUUUGGAGGGUGUCUUCUCCAAGAGGAACAGUCCAAACACAUUGAAAGUGUCUAUGCCUUUGGGCGCAAAGCCCUGGCUUGCUGAUGUUAAUGAUCCAUUAUAUAAAGCAGCAAGAAGGGCAAUAAAAACAGUUUUUGGAGAAGAUCCAGAUUUUAUUCGGGAUGGUUCAACAAUUCCUGUUGCCAGAAUGUUUCAGACUAUAACGCAGAAAAGUGUGAUGAUGUUUCCGAUCGGAGCAGCCGAUGAUGGGGAGCACUCCCAGAAUGAGAAAAUAAGCAGACACAACUACAUUGAAGGAACCAAAGCAUUUGCAGCCUUUUUCCUGGAGCUAUCAAAGCUACAUCAACAAUUAAUUGAAACUUCCAACAUGGAAACUAACAACUGAUGGACCACUGCUAGAAAAUCAGCAAAGCACUUAAGCUUUCUAACUUCCUGAUCUGGAAAAACAUAGAAAUCACAUACUCAGUGGGUCUGAAUUGGUAGAGAAAAUAAAUGCUAUGCUAUUACUUGCCAUACUACUACAUGGCAUGCAUUUGUGAUCCAGUCAAUCAAGUGAUCAUACCUCAAAUGCUAUAAAAUGGGGUUAGGGAUAGUUGCUAAGUUUUUUUGUAAACAACUGUUCUGGCCAAAACAUAUCAUCAGAAGGAUAUUUUUUCACACAAUUAGCAACUGCUUGUUGCUAAUUACUUUUAAAGCAUUAGUUUACAUGGAUCAUUAAAUCAAAGACAAAUUAUAUAUUUUGAAAUUAAAGCAAUAGUUGAGAGUUCUAUCUGCUGUUUAGGCAAAACACGUAGCACAAAUCAUAUAAAACAUACCUAUAUUUUUUUUAUUUCAAAAUGUGAUUUUUUUUUUUAAUAACAUGUAGUUAUUUCAUGCACAACCAAAGUGACUGAACGAGAUAUAAACAAAAAUUUAGUAGUGUUAUCCUUACUGUUAAAACAGAUGACAUUGAUUACAGGAAGUAGUUGUUAUCUUUCCUUUCUAUCCUGCAAAAGCCUGCGAGAAUAAAGGUGGUUAAGGGCGUAAGGUAUGGAUGUGGAGUUCGUAGGAGGGAAUAUUGUACUAUGGAUUAUAUACAUGAACAGCUGAUGUGGAAAGUUAUCAGGACUAGCUGAAUUUAAAAACAUAAAUGAACAAGCUUCUGAUUUUCAGUAGCAUUCCUGAAAUUCCUGGGAGCUGGACGUAAAGGCAGUUGGCCUUUUAAGAUGUCUAGGAGCAGUA